CUCGACUUCCCGCGAAAUUUUGUCGCUCGGACUCAGCACCACUUGAUGGCAUCGACCACGUUUGUCCUCGAAGACGCAAUCAAGGCGAUCGCAGCGAAUGGCUUCUAUCAUAUAGAAGACCCCGCAGUAGGUCAGCGCAUCGCGGAGAUGGAGAAGAACAAACAUCAGUUCUCGACCACCUCUACAGCGGGCCUGGAAUUCUACCGUGACAACGUACAUGAGGACCAGCGCAUUCGUUCUAUCCUCGAAGACUCCUUUGAUUGGUGUGCUCUUGGAGAUUACCGGAGAAUCCAGGAGGACCGAGGGCACAUCUUCCAGCUCAGGAGGGGUGGUGCAAAGGCCGACGUUCUCGUUGUUCAGCUAUGGAAGGAUGAAUGCCGAGGGAUCUAUUGGCGCGGUUCUCACAGAGUACCACGUGAGACGUUAGAGAGUGUUCGUGCCGCGAAUCGUAUGUGGGAAGUCGCGUCUGCGAGAUUGGAACGGGCCGGCUGCCAACCUAUACCGCUCGAUUUUCAAACAAGUGGCUUAGUCAUCAUGGAUGCACGGAUUGCCUUCGAAACGGAUCACGGGUCUCCGGUCACUUGUUCCUUCGCUCCAUUAUAUCAGUUAAGAAGCUGGCCAAAACUCAUCCCUCCUAAAACUGAAGAUUCGGAUAAACUGGUGGAGGAACUACAGGGCGAUAGAGUGGGAGUGUACUUUGCAACAGAGAAUGAGGGUUAG